AUGCGUGUGUGGCCUUUCUGGAGCACCGACGAAGAGUAUGGUUCAUCAAGGAGCUUAAGGAGCCUUCGAUUAUCAGUCUCUGUUUUUCAAUCGGAGCAGAUCUGGGUCAGAUCUGAUCUCGCCUUCGCCGGAAUGGAUGGUGAAGCGCUGCCUCCUCUUUCCCUCAACGGCACCGGCUUGUACCCGUUUGACUAG